AGCUCGGGACCAAAGCACCGGGCUCAGGAUACGCUUUUUCUUUUCUAGCCUACCAGAAGCUAUCCCGUUGUGACGGUAGGGAUGUAGUAAAUGACCGCAGAGCGAAGCAAACAACAUUGAACCCAGCCACAGUAAUACUAGUCGUUUCGUGUAAGAUAGGACAGAUAGAUUCAGACCAUGCUACGCUACAUCUGAGUAGAAACGACUCCUAAGGUGCUAUCAGAGAAACUCUCCUCAGGCCUCAACGUUGUCGUCGAUCAUAUUGCAAAAGGGGAAGUUUACCUUGUCGGUUCAGGGUAUCCAGCCGCGCUGAUCUUCCAUCCGCAGAAGAGCGCGCUAUUUGACUGUAUCUUUCUUCAGUAUUGCCGAUUAUUCGAUCUUAGCGCUGGCCUAACAUGACGUUUCUAGAACUUCUGUUGACAGCCACGUGGUUGUCUGGGGUCGUUGUAUCGUUAUCCACCACUGGUAGUCCGGUAGUGCCCCCGGGAUCACCAAUGAACAAUUCAAAGAUCGUCAUUGCGGUUGGAAAGGGUUCAUUCUCAUUUAUUCCGAAUACGGUCACGGCAAAGCCGGGAGACGAAAUUAUAUUCGAGUUUUGGUCAACGGGUCAUUCAGUUGCCCGCUCAGCGUUCGGCUUCCCAUGUAUGCCCUACGAGUAUAUAAUGCCAGAAGCCACAGGAUUUUGGAGCGGCGAUGUAGUUGAUGUGACCCCGAGCUCGCACCCUACAUUCAGCAUCACAGUCAACGAUACCCAGCCCACGUUCUUCUACUGUGCCUUAGCAAGCUCUUGCAAAGCAAACAGAAUGAUCGGGGUGAUCAAUCCAAACAGCACAUGGACAUUAGCCCAGCAGGAUUAUUUCAUCAAUCCCAGCAUUGUCGAAUUACAACCUGGAGACCCCUUACCUUCAGAAUCGAACCGAACAGAGUCACCACCAACAGACAGCCAAGAUUCCGAUGAUGAUAUGCCCAGCCUAUCAGUCGGCGAAAUCGCAGGCGUAGCGAUCAGCUCUCUAGCCCUGAUGAUAUUAAUCACCGCCCUUGCAUACACUUGCAUUCGCCAAAGCCGAAUAGAAAAGAGGCGACGGCGAAAGGCCAGAGACCACCCAAACAGUCUCCCGCUGAUAAAUACAUCGGGAAUUAGUGAUUCAGCGCUGAGAAGCCCGCCACCGCUGCAGAACGGAUCAAACUUCGUGUCACCGGUAUCCGGACACCCUGAGAAUUCCGGGCAUUGGAGCAUGAAUUCGGCCUUAACCACCCCCCGCCGGAAUUCCUUUCGGCUGUGCCUUCCCGCGGUUAUUAAUAAUGUUCCUUCUGAGACCUCACUGGUCUAUUGUCCGGAGCAGCAGAGGUCCGAGAUGCCGGGUUCGUUGGUCCCUGUAGAGCUUCCCGCUGCCAAUGAGUGCCGUAUUACGAAAAGUUCUUGAUUUUCAAACUUAGACGUGGGUUUGAUAAAAUCGGUCACGUCCACAGAGGCAGAAUAUGUCGUCUCUUUAAUCUUUUGGGAGAUGGGUGAGGAAG